AUGAAUUCUUGUGUAUCCGAAUCCGUGCGUGAGGACGAGACUGCACGUUACGAUGAGUUGCUGCGCGCAAACUGUCGAUCCAUCUGUCAGGUCACCAGUGCGGGGCUCGACAAGUCUCCAAAUUUGGUUCUCACAAGUCUUGCUCAGCUUGCAACCUGUCAAACCAAGACUGAGCGCUCACUCAUAUCGUUGUUUGACGAGUCCAAACAGUAUAUUAUCGCUGAGGCAACCCCAUCGACCUCUCUCUUAUCCGAGUCAUCGCAAGAGAACAAUGGAGAUGGACUCUGGCUUUGCGGAACACACAUCCCACGCACCGAUGGGGUCUGCCACUAUACCUUAUGCUCUACUGAGGUGACCUCAGCGGAGCUGCCCAUUGUCAUUGUCCAGGACUUGGCCAUAGAUCCAAGAUUUGCCUCGAGUCUGUAUUGCCGCUCUGGUAGCUUGGCCAGGUUCUACGCUGCCGUACCUAUACGAACACCUCGGGGUAUCAACAUCGGAGUCUUGUGUGUCAUCAAUUCUACGCCUGGUGCUGAAUGGAAAGAUGAAUAUUCAAACGUUUUACGAGGCUUGUCGCAGACUAUUAUGGACCAUCUCGAAGGCAGUCUAAUUAAGAAUACCCUCAAACGUAGCAUAGCAAUGGGCCGGGGCUUCCAAAAGUUCACCAACAGAAAAAUGCUCCCAGAUGAGUGUAUAUCUUCAAUCUCAAAGACAAAUCCAGACGCCCACAACCCUCAUAAUUGGAACAACAACCAAAACAAUUCUAACAUUCGACAAGCCCAUGGUAAUCCUUCCUCCAGCACGGAAACAACGCCAUUGGAAAUCCCUAAACCUCAAUGCCAGAAACUUUUGUCUUCAAACCCAUACUUAAGAGCGUCCCUCAUCGUUAAAGAAGUUCUUCAAGUUGAUCAUUGUUCCUUCUUCAGCGUAGAUUCUCGCGAGCUGCAUAUUAUCCGCUCCUCAGAAACAGAGAGCAAGUCCGAUAUUUCACUGGAUGGGCUACCCCUUUGCCCAAGCGCUUAUCACAGUGACAGCGGGAAGCAGAGUUCAAAUACCAAGCUUCAACUCCCCUGCCAAUUACUUGGAUCCUCCAACAACUCAACCUCAAGCACGACUAAAGAUGGUGGUGAUAUCUCGCAGGUCUUCCUAUCCCAUAUGCUCCAACAGUACCCAGAAGGAUGCAUAUUUGACAUGGACUCAUGCCAUGUCAGUGGAUUGACCAGUAAUUAUACAGCAGACGCAAAUCUCCCGCGUUCAAAGAAUAACAAUGAAACGCUGGGGCCUGCAUACGAGCAGCGAGAGCUUCUGCAGGCUUUCCCCGGAGCCCGUAAUAUCACAUUUAUUCCUAUUUGGGACCCCCUGAAAGGCAUGGUUUCUAUUGGUGGCUUCGCAUAUUCAAAAGCACCUCGAUAUCAGUCCGACAAAGGCAGCGAACUCCCCUUCUUCAGGGCUCUUGGAACACUAGCAGCAUCAGAGGCUUGUCAGAUAGAGACCUUGGCGGCUGAUAAGGCCAAAUCUGACGUUCUUGGGUCGAUAUCUCAUGAACUGCGCUCCCCGCUUCAUGGAAUCAUGCUAGGCCUCGAGCUACUCAACGACUCGGGUUUAGAUGCGGCGCAACAAAAUAUAGCUCACUUGAUGGAAACAUGUUGUCAAACACUUUUGGACACAACAGAGCAUUUGCUUGAUUACUCCAAGGUGAACCAACCUGUCGAGACAGAUGCUUCACAUGACGGUGUUUCUAGGGAAGUAGAUCCACCUCCGCCCUUGAGUCAAACUGUUCGUCUGGACCAGAUUGCAGAGGAUGUGGUGGAAAGCGUUUAUGCCGGUCACAUUUACCAACAUACAUCAGUGGAGAACAUCCUCAGCCCGUCUAAAAGUCACCUCGACACCAAUUUCAAACCUAUAAAACGGUUGGUCCCUAUGCAGGCUGUAGAGAUCAACCAUUCAAGACAAAAUAAUAUCGGACGUGAGGGCCCAGAUGGAGAUGUACACGUGUUUUUGCUCUAUGAUCCACGGUGUCGGUGGAGUUUUCAAACGCACCCUGGUGCAGUAUGUCGAAUUAUAAUGAACCUGUUCGGAAACUCGCUCAAGUAUACCUCCCGAGGUGUUAUCAAGGUCACCGUCACCCAAACCCAGCUAGACGGCGCACCAAAUCAACGAAUGAUCACCUUGACUGUCGAAGACACUGGGCGUGGAAUUAGCCAGGAUUUUCUUCGGAACAGCAUCUUCAUCCCCUUCUCUCAGGAAGACCAACUAUCUAGUGGAACAGGAUUAGGACUAAGUUUUGUCCAGAGAAUCACAUCCCAACUUGGUGGUAAUGUUUCGAUCACCAGUCAAGUUGGCGUUGGGACCAGAGUUACGGUGUCUUUACCCAUGUUGAUAGACACCAGCUCUACAGCAACUGACUUGUUACCGCGUGAGCUGCCAGACCGGCAGAGCACAUGUCAUGGUUUACGCAUGCGACUGGUCAGCCCUAUCCAAAACGCUGGAGCCGCUCCUCAUCAAGAGGCAUUGUCUUUCAACACUCUGAUAAGCGAUCUAUGCUGCGAACAUCUCGGUAUGAUAAUGGAUACGGGAUCAGAUGUUGAAAAAGCGGCCCCGGAUGUUCUUAUUGUGAAGAACAAUGCAACAGGCGACCUAUUAGCGUCAGCCACCCCAUGGCCAGAAGUACCACUGUUGGUAGUGUGUAACAACGCGUUUGUGGUGCAUAAAUACGAAUCAGUAUAUGGAUCCGCUGGACGGACAAGACUUCAAGAUUUUAUUGCACAGCCACUAAGUCCAAAGAAACUGGAAAGGGCAGUCUCAAGGGCCAUCAACCUUUCGGCUGAAUCUGACGAGAGUCCACCCAAACUAGUGGAAAUGCCAUUGCCUACGCCAUCAGACACAGCUUCUUGUAGCCAGCCACCAACCCCCGCCCCUUCAUCUAUGGAGAGCCCAUUCGAUGGAUCUAUUCCAGCUGAAGACUAUUUCCAGGUCCCACAGUUCUUAUUAGUCGAGGAUAAUCCGAUUAAUCUCAAAAUGUUGACCUGCUUCAUGAAGAAGUUGCAGAAGCCAUACUACACUGCAAUGAACGGCGAAGAAGCUGUCUCUGCAUACAAAAAGGUCAAUGGGCAAUUCAACUACAUUCUGAUGGAUAUUUCAAUGCCAGUCAUGGAUGGUCUUGAGGCCACCCGCCAAAUACGCGCAUUCGAACAAUUCAAUAAGAUCACCGCAUCGACGAUAUUCGCCAUCACUGGGCUAGGGUCUGAGAGUGCACGAGAAGAGGCAACCCGCAGCGGCGUGGACUGUUUUAUUACGAAGCCUGUUAAACUGCGUGAGCUGGAAGAAAUGUUGAGUAGUCAAGGAGUUACGAUAUAG